CUGCGCGCGACAAUUGUGUCCAAACUAGCCGUUUCUUACUUCUCUUCCUUUCUCCCUCUGCGCAUCUUUCCCGUCCAAUGUGAUGCCGGCAUCAGGGGACGAAUAUGUCGCCGAUGGAUCAGACGACGACUUGCCUAGAGCCUCCACCCGCGGCCGCGCAGCCGCUCGAAGAGCAAAUGCUCGUGAAUCUGCUCAGAACUUCGAGGUAACCAGAACCUGGGACUUGCUAGUCGAAGGCGCCGAUGGAACUAUUACAGGCGCUGUUGAGGGUCUCCUUGAGGCGGGUAAGAGGAAAAGACUUCUCAGAGACACUACACCCCUCCAGCGCGGUAUCAUCCGCCAUCUGAUCCUCAUCCUCGACAUGUCACUCUCUAUGAAUGAGAAAGACCUCCGUCCCACCCGAUACUUACUUACCCUGUCCUAUACCGAAUCGUUCAUCCGAGAAUUCUUCGAGCAAAACCCAAUUUCUCAGCUUGGGAUAAUAGGCAUGCGCGACGGUAUCGCUAUCAGAAUCAGUGAUAUGUCUGGAAACCCAACCUCGCACUUGUCUGCAAUACAGAAAUAUCGGAAAGAAGAGCCCAAAGGCAGUCCUUCUCUGGAAAAUGCACUUGAGAUGGCAAGAGCUGGAUUAUUCCACUCGCCCAGCCAUGGGACACGUGAGAUACUGUUGGUAUUUGGUGCCUUGCACACUUCGGAUCCUGGCGACAUUCACAACACAAUCAACAGUCUCGUUCACGAUAAGAUCCGUGCUACGGUCAUUGGCCUUGCAGCGCAAGUUGCCAUUUGUGCUGAACUUGUCUCUAGGACAAAUGACGGCGAUUUGUCGCCCUAUGGAGUUGUAUUGCAUGAGCAACACUUUCGAGAAUUAUAUAUGGCUGUGACGACUCCACCGAUUACCCACGACAGCGCCAACAAAACAGCGCCCUCGCUCUUGAUGAUGGGCUUCCCUUCCCGAAUUGUGGAGGAUCAUCCCUCAUUGUGUGCUUGCCACACGACCCCCAGAAGAGACGGGUACCUGUGCUCACGCUGCAGUACCAAAGUCUGCAGUCUGCCGAGUGAAUGCCCCGUGUGCGGACUGACCCUGAUCCUAAGUACACAUUUGGCACGCAGCUAUCAUCAUUUGUUCCCGCUUGUGAAUUGGCUCGAAGUCCCCUGGUCGAAGGCUUAUCGCAGUACUGCUUGCUUCGCUUGUCUAAAGCCUUUUCCUCCUGUUCCAAAGCUACAUCAGUCAUCCACAUCAACUACAACGACAACGGAUCAGCAGCAUGGGCAGUCAACGACGCAAGGCGGUGUCUCAAUUACCGGCUCGGGGGCCUCCAGCUCCACUACUGGUAGCAGACCUCCCCAGCCUGCAGUUCCCCCUCCAACAACCAAUACCAGCAGAUAUGAGUGCCCUGUCUGUCGGAGACAUUUCUGCAUAGAUUGUGAUCUAUUUGCGCACGAGGUCGUGCAUAACUGCCCAGGAUGCCAGAGUGCAAAGAUGCAGACGAGCUUGAUGGGCGAGACGGAGAUGCCGGCUCCAGAUGGGCGUGAAGCACAGGGCGAGAGAAAUGGAACACAACAGACUGGGAUGGAGAGUCAAAAUGGAGACAGGAUGAAUGUUGACUGAUUUUCAGGGCACGCUCAAGUUGAACAAGCUCCUCAACUUUUGAUGCAAAAAUCCCAUGACUUUUUUCCUACCUUUUCUAGCCAAGGUCAUCCAAGCACAAUGGAUCACCUGCUCAGAAACACAUCAUCAUUCACGGCUCCCAUUCGAAUAAUAUGCCCACGAAUACUCCAGCCUGAUAUAUAAGGGUGUUUAUUAUCCAGAUCCAUGUCGCCUUUUCGUAUUCGCCUUCUUUCUCAUAUCAGCAACUAUUCUUCUCGCCUGUUCUCACGUUUUACUGUCAUAACAUCUUAUUAGACAAGACCAG